AUGGCUUCAAGAAAACCGGCUAAUCGCCCAGCCGUGAGGCACAUGAGUCACAACCAUCCGCUGCACGUCUUCAAAGCCCGAGACAAAGAUGAGAUCAGCUGCUCUGGAUGCAACCUCGAUCUAACUGGACAAGCUUUCAAGUGUACGAAGUCAGAGUGCGAUUACUUUUUGCACAAGUCAUGUUUCGACCUACCUCGUGAAACCAAUCACAAGUCUCACCCUAAGCACUCUUUGACCCUCCUUCAUUCCCCACCGAAUGGUCAGUUUUAUACGUGCCAUGCGUGCGGUGAAUAUGGAUCAGGAUUCGUUUACAACUGUGCUGAGUGUCAAUACGAUGUUCAUGUUGGAUGUGUGUUUCUCGCUGAGACCGUGAAGGGUGAAGAUCACGAACACCCACUCAUACUUCUCUACAACACACCUUGCAAAGGUAACGAUGACGGUGCAAUGUUCAUAUGUGAUGUUUGUGAAGUAUAUAUGUCGGGAAAUCUUUGGGUUUAUUAUUGCAAAGAAUGUGAUUACGGGACACAUGUGCAUGCUUGUGCGGUUUACGAAGAUAAUGAACCAAAGGAAAGAAGAGGAAAAGGAGAAGGAGAAGAAAGCUCCACGGCUGCCAUAGUGGAGUCGUUCAUGAAGGCUCAAUAUGAGAUAUUGAAGACGUUGCAUCUCGAGGCAUGUAUUAACAAGUUUUCUAGCGUAUAAAAGUUGAGUGAGGAAUUCAUCAA